AGUUCUUUCUACCUUGGUGUAGAAUAAGCACCCUUCCGUGCACUACUAUGAUGACCGCUUCGCCUUUGGACCCCUACAGUACUGCUGCUAACGCUUGGCGACCUCAGCCGCAAGAUUGUGUAUACGAUGAAGAUGAUGAUGACGAGCUGAAGAAUCUGAUGGAUGCUCUCUCCCCUGAAGAUCAAGCUUGCAUCAGGAUGCUCCUCAGGGGGGCUAAUGCAUCACCUCAGACGACUGCCUUCAACAACGCCGCAUCCUUUGGUCAGCAAUUCUCUUAUUCGCCCCUCAACAGUGGUGGUGAUCUGUCACCUGAGUCUACUGCUGCUUCAUCUUCCUCAUGCAAGUCUGCGAUCGUCGAGGCUCCUCAGCCCAGCAACAGCAGCAGCAACCACUCCCCUGCUAAUGCCACGCACAAGGAUACUGCUGCAAGUUCGGCGGCCGGCAUGAGCUUAACUGCCAGAAGGAGGAAGGCUCGUCGCCAAAACCGCGUAGUGAGCUGUAGUCGUUCCCCAGCAGUCGACUACACUGAGGGUCCUGUUAGUCCAGCAUCUGGCGUUUCGGAAGUUAUCCCUACCCCUGUGACUGGUCCUACUACUAUGAUGAUCCGUAAUGUCCCUAAGCGGUACUCCCAACGCAUGCUUAUACAGGAGCUUGCUAGCCGCGGUUUUGAGGGGACUUUCGACUUCUUUUAUUUGCCAACUGAUAUCUCAUCAGGAAGGAAUCUCGGUUACGGUUUUGUCAACUUCCUGACCCCUGCAUUAGCCGCGACAUUCAAGUCGGUUUUUCACAAGAUCCAACUGUCCGGCACUGCUGUUGGGGGCUUCUCUGCAGUCGAGGGUGGGGCCAACAACAGUUCCCUCAGCAUCUCGGUUGCAGUUGUCCAGGGGUUGAAGCGCAAUCUGGACAAUCUCGUUAGGAACGCCAGCGUGCACAGGAUCAAGAACCCAGAGUAUCUACCUUUGGUCAUGGACCCUGCUCACGGCUGUCUGGCUCCUUAUAUGAUACCAUCGCAUAAGGCUAGUACUCAACAGCAGCAGCAUACUAAUGGUAGAAGGCAUAGCAAUGAUAUGCAUCGACCAGUUGUUGGUAAACAAUAA